AUGCCCUCAGAUCUACGGCACUCAGACAGCAGGUCGCAUAAUGCUCCCUUGCUCUCACCGGAGAACAAGCAUCGAGACUAUGCCUCCCCUCCAGGCAGUGCUGCCCUCCGAGAGCGCCGCUCACGUCUACGAGAACGCGACCCCGAUGUAGCUGCUGCCCAUGCCACCAAGCAAAAAUAUACAUAUGCUGCUGCCUUCUUGGUCCUCAGCUUGAUCUCCUUCACGAUACAGACAGAGACAGCUGUCUACAUUCAACAUUCAUUACAUUGGAACAAGGCAUACUGCAUGCUAUAUCUUACCCACGGCAGCUGGAUCCUGCUAUGGCCCACACAACUAGCCAUUCUGCGACUGCAGAAGCUGAACAUGCCCUGGGAGUCUUUCUGGCGCAGACACAAGGCCAUCUUGCGGAGCACCGCCCAGAUGGUUGAGCAUCAAAGAUUGGACAUUCCACACCACAUGCAGAAGCAGUCUCCCAUUCCAUACUUCAUCAAGAUGACCUCCUUUGUCACUUGCGCACUCACUGUCGCUGGCGGCAGUUGGUACGUUGCUGUCGAUUUGACUACCGCCUCUGACUUGACUGCCAUUUACAAUUGUUCCGCCUUUUUCGCAUACGCUUUUGCUAUUCCCCUGCUAGGAGAACACUUCAAGUGGAAUAAGGUCUUCGCCGUGGGAGUUGCCAUUGUUGGCGUUCUAGUUGUCGCUUACGGCGACGUCAGCCCCAGCAAGCACGGAAGCAAGUCCGGUGGUGGCGCAGGUGGCCCUACCGCUCCAGAGCCUGAGGAAGCAUCCAACCGCGCCCUUGGUAACCUUGUUAUCGGUGUCGGCAGCGUGCUCUAUGGCUUUUACGAAGUCUUGUACAAGAAACUCGCUUGUCCACCCGAAGGUUGUUCCCCUGGCCGCGGUAUGAUUUUUGCCAACACUUUUGGCUCUUUAAUCGGCCUCUUCACCUUGACUGUUCUCUGGAUUCCUAUCCCAAUUCUUCACUUUACCGGCAUCGAGAGAUUCGAACUACCUACAGGAGAAGCGGCAUGGAUGCUUCUCAUUUCUGUCAUGGCAAAUGCCACAUUUUCUGGAUCUUUCCUUGUUCUUAUCUCGCUUACAUCUCCAGUGCUGAGCUCUGUCGCUGCUCUGCUGACGAUCUUUUUGGUUGCUGUUGUGGAUCAAUUGCUUCCCCCACCACUUAAUCAGCCCUUGACUGGUGCUGCUGUUGCUGGAGGUUUACUCAUCAUUGUAGCAUUUUUGUUGUUGUCAUGGGCCACGUAUAGAGAGAUGGCUGAAGAGAGGCGGAAAAAGGAGAAUGAAGCUGAGAUUGAAAGUGAUAUUGAGAGCGUCAUCUAG